CAUCUUGAUGCAGGACAUCUGGGCAACAGGAAUCGGCUGGGAUGAUCCUAUCGAUGGAAAGAGUUGGUUGCAGUGGAAGAAGUGGAUCGAGCUGAUUUCGGAAUUGAGCACUCUUCGAAUCCCACGUUGCUACUUCGAAGGCGCCACAGAAGAGAGUUAUUGCAAGUUGCAGAUCCAUGUAUUCGUCGAUGCGAGCCAAUCAGCCUAUGCAUGUGCAGUGUAUUUCCGAGUUGAAACACCAGAAGGUCCGGCAGUUAGCCUUGUAAUGGCAAAAUCCAAAGUAGCACCGUUGAAGAUGUUGACGAUUCCUCGACUCGAAUUGCAAGCUGCCGUCCUUGGAACUCGUCUGCUCAAUAGUGUGAUCAUCAUGCACGCACUCAAGGCGACGAAGCGCGUAUUAUGGACUGACUCCAAUACAGUUCUCGCCUGGAUACGAUCGGAUCAGCGGCGGUAUCAGCAAUACGUUGGAUUUAGGGUCGGUGAAAUUCUAUCGAUGACGGAUGUCGACGAAUGGAGGAAGGUGCCAACGAAAGAGAAUGUAGCUGACGACGCAACAAAGUGGGGAAAUGGACCGGCUGUUCGCUCCGAAAAUCGGUGGUUUCAAGGACCGGAAUUUCUUCGACAAUCCGAGGACAAUGGGCCAGGUGGUAGUGAACUGAUCGAACCCACGCAGGAGGAACUAGUGGCGUUGAACGUUCAUGAUGAAGCAGUGGAGCCAGCGGUAGUAGACGUAAAUAGAUUCAGUAAGUGGGAAAAGCUGCACCGUUCAAUGGCUUACGUGCAUCGAUUUAUUCAGAACAUCCAACGAUCUCGACAAAGCGAGGCGCGAUUGAUAGGAUUAUUGACGCAAGAGGAGUUGUGCAGCGCUGAGAAAUCGCUGUGGAUUCAAGCUCAAACCGAGUGUUUUACGUUGGAAUCCGAAAUGCUGCACAAGUCAAAGGGAAAACCCGAAGCAGUUCAUGCCACAUUACCAAAAUCAAGCACGUUACGCAAAUUGUGGCCGUUCAUGGAUGAAACAGGCGUAAUACGAACAAGGAGCCGUCUUGGGUAUGCUGACUGGAUCCCUUCUAACAUCAAGUAUCCGGUAGUUCUACCUCGGCAACAUCCAAUCACGUUACUUCUGGUUGACUAUUUCCACCGUCGUUAUCGCCAUUGCAACCGUGAGACGAUCGUCAACGAGAUGCGGCAACUCUACGAGAUCCCGAAACUACGGUCAGUCGUGUUCAAGAUAUCGCAGGAUUGUCUACCAUGUAAGAUACGUCGGGCGACUCCUAGCUCGCCCCCUAUGGCUCCGUUGCCCAAAGUGCGAGUUACCCCGUAUGUAAGGCCGUUUACUUUUGUUGGAGUUGACUUCUUCGGCCCGGUGCUGGUGAAAGUUGGACGAAGCGUUGUUAAGCGGUGGGUGGCUCUAUUCACCUGUUUGACAAUACGGGCUGUGCACCUUGAGGUUGUACAUAGUCUGUCGAAGGAGUCCUGCGUAAUGGCGGUUAGAAGGUUCGUGUCACGACGAGGAGCACCAUCAGAAAUCUUUAGCGAUAACGGCACGAACUUCCUCGGUGCGAGCAAUCAGCUGAAGCAGGAAAUGGAUGAUUUGGACCAACAUCUGGCGUCAACGUUCACCAACACCACAACACGGUGGUCGUUUAACCCACCAGGCGCUCCUCACAUGGGAGGAGUAUGGGAGCGUAUGGUUCGCUCAGUGAAAGUGGCAAUAGGCGGUAUUCUGGAAGAGCAGCGAAGACCAGACGACGAAGUUUUGGAGACGGUCAUCAUCGAGGCGGAAGCAAUGAUAAAUUCGCGGCCGCUAACGUAUAUACCGCUGGAAUCGGACGUGCAGGAGUCUCUUACUCCAAAUCAUUUUCUGUUGGGGAGCUCAAACGGAGUCAAGCAACAGCCAGUACUACCAACGGACUACCAAGCAACCCUGAGGAGCGGAUGGAAGUUUGUGCAGCAUUUGUCGGAUGGAAUAUGGAGAAGAUGGAUAAAAGAGUAUUUGCCGGUAAUAUCUAGAAGGUCGAAAUGGUUCGAAGAAGUGAAGGAGAUGACUAAAGGAGAUUUGGUGUUGAUCGUGGAUGGUGCAGUUCGAAACCAGUGGGUGAGAGGAAGAAUUCAGGAAGUUGUCAAAGGAAAAGAUGGAAGGGUGCGGCAGGCCUGGGUGAAGACUGCGAGAGGCAUCCUAAGGAGGCCGGUGGUCAAAUUGGCGUUACUCGACGUCGAAGCUGGAGGUAAACCGGAAUUCAAAGACAAUGGUUUACGGGCGGGGGGAUGUGACGACGAGUACCCCCCGGUGCGUGAUGGUCAAUAAUUACCAUAGGGCAGAUAGGACUGUCGGAAUGAAUGUCAGUGUCAAUAGCGAGGUGAGGUGAUGACAUGGCAAAUGUUGACUGAAUAGAAAGAAAAUAGAUGGUGAAAGAAUAGGUCUGUAAACACAUCCGUUUGUACCAAGUGAAGGACUAAAUUUAGCAAGGAUUGAAUUAUAUUUCUUGCAUUAAACCAAAUUCCUACUUAAUCUAAAAUUGGAAAUUAUCACCUAAAGGAAGAUUACUCGGAAAGAAACCGAUAAAUUGUAAGUAACAAGUUAUUCUAAUUGGAAAAAUCAGUAAAAAUAAACGUUUUUACAGCUAAAGCUGAUCCCUACAAACUUCGAGUUAUUAGUACGGGACUGCUAAGAAACGGUUU